AUGGCCUCUUUCGAUACGAACGUUGAUCAUAGUGAGACGCGGGGGGCAGAGAUCAACGUAAUUGGAUGGGUCUUUACUGGCAUUGCAAUCGUAGCUGUCUCAUUGAAGUUAUUCGCUCGAAUUGGCAACAAACAGUAUGGCUGGGAUGACUUUUUCAUUUUCUUCUCGAUGGCUCUCAGCAUCAUUGCCACGGCCUUCGUCUCGUAUGCAGUAACAUUGGGUCUAGGUCGGCACACUGCAACUGUGGUGGCUGAAUAUGGCAUUGAGAGAUACGAAAGAUCAGCAUACUGGCAGAUCAUCGCAUUUCCCUUUAACAUUGGUGCAUUCAGUUUCCCCAAUAUCUCGAUUGCGAUCCUGAUCGUUCAUCUGCUGGACCCCAACCCGCUCCGUGCACGACUCCUGUACGCCAUGGUCAUUUUUCAAGUGAUAUUCGCCAUGAUAUCUGUCUUCGUUGUCUUUUUCCAAUGCAGCCCCACGGAAAAAUUGUGGAACUUAUCUGCCGAGGGCACAUGCUGGAGCUCGGAUGUCUUCAAUGACUUCAAUUAUUGGGUCAGCGCAUAUACAACCAUGACGGAUAUUGUCUUGGCCGUGGUGCCAAUUACUGCAUUCUGGAAACUGCAAAUGCCAUUCUCAACGAGACUGAGUACCUGCAUCAUGAUGGGGUUGACCCUGCUUUCCGCCAUCGUCACCAUUAUCAAAGCGACAUAUCUGAAACUAUUCACAGACCACACAGAUCCCCUGUACAAGGUAGUGACCUUGGUUCUUUGGGGACUUGUUGAGCAAAAUGUUGUCAUCGUCGCCGCUUGUGUUCCAACCCUCCGUCCUUUAUUCCGCAGGACAUUCAAGUCUGCCAGGGGCUCUUCUAGCGAGUCUAGUUGCCAAAAUGCAACGGAAUCCGGCAAUUUGCGUUCACAUAACCCCACCCAGUCCAGCUCUAAGCGCGUACUGUCCGUGACGGAAUUGCCCCUCAAGGAUUUGAAUUCGCGAGGGUAUGACGCAACUAGUAGUCAUAGCCAGCAGGAUAUCUGGCAAUUGCGAGGGGCCACAGGCGAUAGUGACGAGGAAAGGUUUUUGGAGGGUCGCUCUGGAAACACACAUCUAUAG